GUUCAUCGACGCCACCCCCCCCCCAUCGCCAGUCGGUCAUUUUCUUCCGCGACGCUUCGUGGCCUUUUCCUCGCCAUCUCUCUCUCUCUCUCUCUCUCUCUCGAUCGCUCUCAAAACCCUAACGCUUCCCCCUGCAACGCUGAGGAGAAUAUGGCGAGGAAGAUGCUGAUUGAUGGGGAGAUGGGCAAACCAGAUGAAGCGGACGUGCAUUACGAUUUCGAUCUCUUCGUGAUCGGUGCGGGCAGCGGGGGUGUCCGUGCUGGUCGGUUUGCUGCUAAUUAUGGAGCCAAGGUUGGAAUCUGUGAACUUCCCUUUCAUCCAAUAAGCUCGGAAGUAAUUGGAGGAGUUGGUGGAACUUGUGUACUUCGUGGUUGUGUUCCCAAGAAAAUAUUGGUGUAUGGGGCAGCUUUUGGGGGUGAAUUGGAGGAUGCAAGGAAUUAUGGAUGGGAAUUGAAUGAGAAAGUUGACUUUAACUGGAAAAAGCUUCUGCACAAGAAGACAGAGGAAAUCACCAGAUUAAAUGGAAUUUACAAGCGAUUGUUGGCAAAUGCUGGUGUCAAAUUAUUCGAAGGAGAAGGAAAGCUAGUUGGCCCCAAUGAAGUUGAGGUGACACAGUUAGAUGGGACAAAGUUGUGCUACUCUGCAAAGCACAUACUUAUUGCAACUGGAGGCAGAGCUCAACGUCCUAAUAUCCCAGGGCAGGAGUUGGGUAUAACUUCUGAUGAAGCAUUGAGCUUGGAGGAGUUACCAAAGCGUGCUGUGGUGCUUGGAGGAGGGUACAUUGCAGUGGAAUUUGCUUCAAUAUGGCGUGGAUUGGGUGCCACUGUGGAUCUGUUUUUCAGAAAAGAGCUCCCACUGAGAGGUUUUGAUGACGAAAUGAGGGCAGUUGUUGCAAGAAAUCUUGAAGGCAGGGGAAUUAAUUUGCAUCCAAGGACAAACUUGACAGAGUUGAUUAAAACGGAGGAUGGCAUAAAAGUUAUCACAGACCAUGGGGAAGAGCUGCAUGCAGAUGUUGUACUCUUUGCCACCGGUCGAAUUCCCAAUACGAAGAGGUUGAAUUUGGCUUCUGUGGGCGUUGAAACUGAUGCAAUGGGUGCUGUGAAGGUCGAUGAGUACUCCUGCACUAAUGUUCCUAGCAUAUGGGCUGUUGGCGAUGUUACCAAUCGGAUGAAUCUCACCCCUGUUGCUCUGAUGGAGGGAACGUGCUUUGCUAAAUCUGUUUUUGGUGGGCAGCCUAGCAAACCAGACUACAUCAAUGUACCUUACGCGGUGUUCUGCAUACCACCUCUAUCUGUGGUUGGACUGAGUGAAGAGCAGGCAAUAGAGCAAGCUAAUGGAGAUAUUUUGGUUUUCACAUCUACAUUCAACCCAAUGAAGAACACAGUCUCUGGGCGGCAAGAAAAAACAGCCAUGAAGCUGCUUGUUGAUGCAGAGACAGAUAAGGUUGUUGGCGCUUCCAUGUGUGGGCCAGAUGCACCUGAAAUUGUGCAGGGCAUUGCCAUCGCACUUAAGUGUGGUGCAACGAAGGCCCAAUUUGACAGCACGGUGGGAAUCCAUCCUUCUGCUGCGGAGGAAUUCGUAACCAUGAGGUCAGUCACAAGACGGGUUAGUCCCAAGCCUAAGACCAAUCUGUAAAGACAAACUCUUACAGAGCAAUACAUGCGGUUACAAAUA